UCUUGAAGUCGAGCUUACCGUGGGGAUAUUCAGACCAAGACAUCACUCCACCUCGCUUCUAGCAUACUCACGGAAUCAAUCAAUGAUUUUAAUUAAAAGCUAAGUUUUUUUUAUUUUCUUUCUAACUCGCAGAUGGCAUUCAGAAUUCAGAAUAACAAACUCAUAGACUUAAAAAUAAAAAAAAAGUAGUCUUUUAUAGAAUAUGACUGAAAUAUUAAAUACUUAAAGUCUCGGAUGAAUAAAAUGGUCCAUCAGUAUGGCGGACACAUCUUUCAAAGGUAAUUCAUUCAACUCGCUCUUCAGGGGAAACUACUGUGGUUUUAACGACCGGCGACAGAAGGGGAGGUUAGUGUGCAUGGGGUGGAAUUAAUUCAGUUUGUUUAUUUCCAAGUGAUCUGUUGGAUGUACUAGCAGGAAUACCCGGCAUAAUCUUGGACUAUAUGGCGCACAAAAACAAAGGACUAAAGGAGACCCAAUGACCUCGUUCUGGCUGAAGGAGACCCAAUGACCUCGUUCUGACUGAAGGAACCACGCCCACCAUGGCAUCGGAAAUGGAUCAAGUCUACGACGAUACGCACAGGGGCGGCAACUACAGUUUCGCAGACGAGAGCGAUCAAGAUUGUCUGAUGAUGGAAAAUGACGAGAGUGUCCCGAUGCAAGUGUACAUCCAGCACUGGACGGCCUUGAUCUUGUUUCCCAUACUUCUGCUCCAAGGUAUUGUGGGUAACCUUUUGUCUCUUCCGGUGCUCAAGAGCAUCAGCAAAAGCUCUUGGUCCACUGUGACCUACUUGAUCAUAGUGGCCGCCACAGACCUGAUCAUCUUGUUGGUCCACUGUGGUGACGACUGGUACGUCAGCAUCACUCAAGUCAGACUGAGUGAACGACUCAUCAAUUUCUCAGACGCCGUGUGCAGGACUUACUCUUUCCUGUUUGCCUUUACCACGCACCUCAACCCCUGGCUGUACGUGGCCAUCUCUGUCGAGACACUGAUCGCCACCCGCUGGCCCAAAGAGACGUACGCCAUGUGUACUGUAGAGAGAGCCAAGUACGUCAUGAUGCUCAUAACAAUACUUCUGGUCUGUCUGGACAUCAACCACUUCUGGACAAUGGGCAUUCCCAAACCUGGAUACGGCUGCAGGUACACCGAGGAGUUCUCCGAGAGUUUCCGAGACUGGAUCUGGCCAGCGCUGGGCAAUGUGGUGGAACAUGGCCUGCCGUUGGUCUUUGUCUCUGUCUGUUUCUCCCUGACCGCCUGCACUCUCCUCAGGAGGUCAUCGGAGGAACAGAAGCGCAUGGAGGACGACAUGAAGAAGUACAUCCUGGAGCUGUCCACGCUCAAAGACUUCCGGUCCAUCUGUCUGGUCGUCUGCUUUGUCUUCAUGUGCCUCGCCGCCACCAAGGUGUCUUUCUCCAUCAUUGACCUUCUGGUGAACCGGAGCUACAUCCAGCUCAACUGCCGCUCCCAGAUCCAGUACGAUAAGGUCAGGGCCGUCAUGACCACCGUCAAAAAGUCCUUGACCUACAUCUUCUACUGCACCAAGAUCUACCUUUACCUGAGCUUCAGCGGGACGUUCAGGUCGAAGGUCAAGAACACGUUCCUCAGCGUCAUAUGGAAGAUGAGAAAGCUGGCCAAGUCCAAGAGCUGCUGUGGACAGCAGUGGACGCCAAUAGCUCUUAACGAGAACAGGGACAGCGAGUCUGGGCUACACCUUGGAAGGCUAAGCCAAGCAACAGACUCGGCUGAGGGCAGCGGCGACCCAGCCACCAAAAACUUGAGGGAAAACCCUAACAGCAGCAGAACUAGGGACCAACAUCAGGACCAACUGACUAGCCAAUCAUUGUCCAGCGACACAUCAACUAUUCCCAGGGCCAGUCCGUCUUAUGAAGACGUGGUUAAUUUCAACGGUUCUAAAUCUAUAUUGACACACACGCAAGACAAUGCUAAACUCUAGAAGUGACAGACAACGUCCAUGGAGCAAGGAAACAAUGUAAAAGUAAUUCUGGGACAAAGCCAAUAUGUGCCAUAACAUCAGGAUGAUAUCCAGUGCCAAAACAUCAUGAUGAUAUCCAAAAUCCUAACAUUAUGGGUUUCCUGAAAACCACCCGGAAAACCAUCGAUUUAGCAAAGUCAUUGAUUAACAUGCAUAGCUAGAAAUGCGUAGGACGUAAUAAUCAUCUUUUUGGAAGUAACGUCUGUAAUCUAUAAGAUAAAAUGUAUUCCAUGUGGCUCAUUUUGAAUAUGAUGAUAUUGUUACGAUCUUCUCUACCGGGACUUCUGUUAACAUUGCUCAACACAACACAUCCAACAAAAUAACUUGACAACAAGAGUUUCAAAUAACAAUGUGAUGGUUUCAUGACAAAUACAUUUUCAGCCAAUACGCUAUUAUUGGCUACACUGACUUCAUAUGCGUUCUUGUACACAACAGAACUGCCUAACUAAACAUUGCAAGUCUCUCUAGCUCGGGGACUCACACGGUACCCCAUCGUCCUUACUGCCUGCUGUCCUGGACUCAACUGUCCUUUCUAACACACUGUCUCUCGUCCGUGAAGGCUUUCGAUCACAUGACCAUAACACGGGUCAUAUUUGCGUGCACUAGCAGUACUGUCCAUUGUCCAUCGACAGCCGUUGACCUGUGUGAUUGGCCUGGCCCACGUGUGUCAGUAGGUCGCACACACAUUAACCCUAUCAGUCGCCAGUGGAGUUACAACAAUAUAAAGGACCAUAACAUUAUGAUAAUCAUUGCCAUAACAUCAUGAUGAUACCGAAUACCAAAAACAUUAUGAUGAUAUACAGGACCGUAACAUCACGAUGAUAUCCUUUGCCAUUACAUCACAAAGAUAUGGAAAUCUGACCAGUGACAUCUAAACGACUGGUUGUAAGAGACUUGCUGGCCAAGUGUCCUACUGCAUGAGCUUUUAACCUCACGACUGUCUUUGAAAAAAGUUGAUCAAAAGUGUUCUUAAUGCCAACAAGGCUGGCACCAUAAACAGUAUCAAGCAUCAAGUAAUGACAAAAAUGCUACUGGCUUUAAAUUGAGCUAGACAAAGAAACUUGCAAAGGUCAAGAACUAACCAAACAAAAUUCACCAGUCACCUUGACCAGUUCACAUUGUGUAGUGUUUGAAACUGAACUGAGUGAGUCUGUGACAGUGACUUCAAACAGAGGGAAAUAAAAUCAGUGAUCAAUGUGUAUUAAGUCCUGUGAAAAUACAAGUUUCUGUGCUCUAAUGAUAAGAGAACAGAAACUGAUUCAUGUGAUAGUCUGUUUUCAUCUUUGUUUUCUAAAUGUCUGUGUUAUAAAUAAAUGACAAUGUCAAUGGCUUAGACCAAAUAUAAAACAAAUAACAAUUUACAUACAAUAGCUAAUGAGGUAUAGAACUGAUAUGCAUGCACAGGAUGUUCUAAUAA